ACUAGCAUCCUUGUGAUUCACGUGUUUUAUUUUUUUUUUUAUGAGCACGAUAUUUUUUUUACGAGUAGGAUUUUUUUUUAUUUUAUGAGCACGAUAUUUGUUUACGAGUAGGGUUUUUUUUUAUUUUACGAGCACGAUAUUUUUUUUUACGAGUACGAUUUUUUAUUUUACGGGUACGAUAUUUUUACGAGUACUGUACGACACUUAUGGCGCGGAUUUGACGCCAUGCAUCAGUUCACAACAUUUUUUUUUGUCGUGUGAAGAUCAUUUGUUCUACUACGUUCGUUUGUGUGGACUUUUAUUUUGAAAUAUGUAGGUUAUCGGAACCAUUGCUGAUGCUGGAAUUUACGUUGCUGUAUUGACAUAGCAGCGUCUUCUCCCAGCCUUGCGGAAAACAUGUUUAUUAAUUUUUAUUAGGAUUUAGAGGAAUUGAGUUCGUUUGGUUAGUGAUAUUUAAAACCACAUGCCAUCGAAGGUGUAGGUCUACAGCAGAUCAGGGCUAGUUUGACAGAGUGAAGACAGACCUGGGCCCUUUUUUUUUUUUUUUUCCUUUUUUUUCUUUUUUUUAAGUCGACCUGAAGUCCUGGAUUGAAGAUGGCCAGUCAGUUUCGCAGCUACAUUUGGGAUCCAGUGCUCAUUGUCUCCCAGAUCAUCCUGAUGCAGUGUAUCUACUACAGCUUCCUAGGCCUGUGGUUAGCUGGUGUGGAUGGUCUUGUGCACACUAACAGAUCUCUUGAUCAGAUAUUCAGUUAUGAAGUCCUCGGCUUUUCAACAACACAAGGUCGACUCUCAAUGAUGGCGUUCAUCCUAAACUCUCUCACAUGUGCCCUGGGCUUGUGGUUGUUCAUCCGCCGGGGGAAGCAGUGUUUGGACUUCACAGUCACGGUGCAUUUUUUCCACAUGAUCGGCUGCUGGAUCUAUAACUCCCACCUGCCGGCUGCUCUGUCAUGGUGGCUGGUUAAUGUUGCCUGCAUUGCCCUAAUGGCAGUCAUCGGAGAGUACCUGUGCAUGCGGACAGAGCUAAGAGCCAUUCCUGUGAAUACUGGCCCCAAAUCCAACCUGUGAGAAUCUCUCUAAUGGACAGACAAUGAUCAGCUAGACCAUUCAAAUCAGCCUUGUUCUAUGAAUAGGCUGGCAGACUUAAUGGAAUCACAUGGCAUGUUGAGCUAUGGUUGCAGUGUUAACUUUUGCUACUAUCGGCAAAGGUGGAUGCAAACAGGAUUCAAGUAUUGAGUGAAAUGGACACUUCCUCUGAGAUAUCUUAAUUUUUGUCACUUCCUUUUUACAUAAUUAAAUCAAAUUAAUUUUGCUUACAUGGAUGUUUCUCAUGCUUCUGAAACAGAGGCCUGAAGCCAGAAAAACAGAAUAAUGCAUAACUGAAUCCUGAGAUAAACCGUGAUGUUGCACUUUUUUAAAACUUGGUUUUAAAAAGACUAUUUGAAGUAUUUUGGGAUUGUUGUAUGCAAACAGACACUGAAGAACAGAGCUGAUUCUUUAAUGGAAAAUAAUUCAAUGUUCUGUAUUUGUCCUACUGAGUAAUUAGUUUAGCAUUCAAAGAAAAAUCCUUAAACGGACUCAUCUAGAAGUUAUAUUACAUAACUGAGUGAUGGGAUAUUUUGGGUUAUUUGUGUGUACUUUGUAUAAGUGUCCUGUAUGAGUUUAAAUAAAUUUUGUUGCUAUUGUAAUGAA